AUGAACAAUCGAUCUUCCCAUGCCCCCGUUCCCUUCACUUCUCAAACGAAAGAAGCCUUCCUGAAACACCUCAUCGAAAAUCCGUCUAGUCGUCGAAUAUCCCGACAUGAAACGGAAAAUCUCCUCGAAUGGUUGACGAACCCUUCAAAGCGACCCACCUCACAGACAGAGUUCAGUCGACGAAACUACGUUCGGAAGACAUUCACCUGGGACACACAUUCUCAAAAUCUUCUCGCAAAGCCAAAGUCUGGCGAAGGAGGCCAUCGCGUGGUGGUUUUCGAAGAUAGAAUUGCCGCUACUGUGGAGUGGGUCCACGAGAGCAACGGCCAUGCCGGAUGGGAUAACACUUGGAAGAGCAUUAGCAUGUCUUACUACGGGAUAUUGCGGUCAGAUGUCAUAUACCUGUUGAAACAAUGUCAGAUUUGCGCCCACGACCCUUCCAAGCGUCCCAAGAGAACAAGAGCCAACCUGACAGACCUAUCCUCGGCUCAUGAAGCUCAGUCUACUUCAGAAAGGGAGGUAAUUGAACCUGAUGAUAUCAAUUGGGGCUCAUGGACAUGUGAGGACCCGGCUGCAGGCCAAAGCAAAUGA